AUAAUAAUAAUAAUAAUAACAAUAAUAUGCCAAUGAUGAGUAAGGCAAAUCGUAUUCGAUCAUCCUCCUCCUCAUCAAGUUCAUUUUCAUCGACAGCCGCCUGUCAAGCAGUCUCUUCAUUAUCCAGUACACCUGAAUCAUCCCCAUUUUCUGUUGUGAAUCAGCUGGCUACAAAAACAGUUGAAAGAAAAUAUAGCAGCAGUACGUCUAGUUCAUCUCCAUUAUCAUCUGGCUCAUCAUUUCUUCCAUCUGAAUCUAUGCAUAAAACUUCAAUAUCUGGCCAAUGUAGUCCUAAUGUUCCAAUGACUUUUAAUUUUAAAGGACUUAAUCCUCAUCUUCAAACAUCAUCAUCAUCGCCUGUGUCUGUGUCAUCCACCUCCUCGUUAUCAUCGUCGUUAUCAUCUUGCUGUCAGACAAUCAAACCUCCUCCAUCUCCAGUUAUUGGAGGACAUAAAAUUCCCAGUUCUACUAUUACACAGUCUCAAAUUGUUAUAACAUAUUCUGAAGAAAAUUCUCCAAUUACUACUACUACUACUACCACCACCACUAAUACUGCUUGCUCUCCUCAAUCUUUGAAUUCCUUUUUUCCUAUAAUGAAUACAAAUUCAACAACAACUUCUACAAAUAAUGUCAUUGAAAUAGCAGGAUCCAGUAGUAGUUGUAAAGUAGAAGUUGAUGAUCGAUCGAGCAUCAAUUGGUCAGGUAAACGGUCCACUCAUCAAUCAUCGGAGCUAAAUAAUAAUAAUAAAAGACAGUCGACUACAGCUUACAGCUCUUCAGGUGGAUUAUUACCAUCAACGCCACCGAUACAGAUUAUGAAACAAGAUUCUAUAAUAAAGAAUAAAAUCAAUGAUAAUAAUUCGUUAGAUCAAAAAACUCAAAAUAAUAAUAAUAAUAAUACUUCAAUGCCAUUGAAAAAGCGUCUGAUUCAACGAUAUGAAGCUGAUCGUGAUAUUGAUAUGAAACAACCAUCCGAGGUGAAGAAUAUGUGUAGUUCAUCUACUAAGAUCGAGUUAACAAUGGAGAGUGCUAAAGUUCAGAGUAGACCAAUAUCGUAUUCAGAGGAUAUGAAAGCAAAUCAUUAUUUAUCUGAAAAUCGGUUAACAACAAAAGAAAUGUAGAGAAAAUCGACUGUUCUGAAAGAAAAUUUAAACAAAAGAAACGUUCUAAAUAUGUACAACUGGAGGAAUUUUAGGCUUACGAAAUGAUGAAUGUAGUAAACCAACAAAAAUUACGCCAACAACAACAACAAAAUCCGCAUUGAAUAAUUGCAAAAAAUCUGCUCCGAAAAUUUCACGUCGAUCUAAACAAUUACCAUUAUGUGAGGAUGAUGGUGCUGCCACUGCCAGUGCUGAUCAUGUGGAUGACGUCGAUGACGGGGAUGAUGAUGGUGAAGAUGAUGAGGAUGAGGAUGAUGAAUCACAUUUGAAUGUAAAGCUGAAUACUCUUCAACCGGAAUAUAAUGAUGGUGAUCAUGAUCAUGGUCAUCUGAUAAAGAAAAACUUUUCAAGACGAGGAGACCAGCUGAAAGACGAUCAAGAAAGCAUAAUAGUCCUAGUGUAAAUAAUAAUAAUAAUAAUUCUAGUCUAUCGCAUACAUCAUUGCGUAAUGAUACAUCAAAGAAACGACGACUGGCUGCUGUCAACGGGAAUUUAAUGAUGAUGGUUACGGCACAUGCUCAACGAAGUACUAGUUCAGGAAGUAAUAGCAGUACUAGUACUACUACAGGUGGUAGUCGGAGUAGAAGUAGUUCUAGUUUACGUAGUGUUGAAGGUGGUACUGGUGCUCCUGCUGGCAGUGGCGGUGGCGGUGAUUGUAGUGAUAAUGAUGCCUAUCGACAUUCUUCAUCAAGUUCAUCAACUAUUCAAUCGAAAAAUUCAACAGAUCGACAAUUGCCCUAUUCUCGAAUGACAUCGUAUAAUAAAUCGAAUCAUUUAAAGGAUAUUAUGACUAUGAAUUCAUGUAAUCAUUUAUUGACUCCUAGCGGUGGAUCACCUACUGGUACACAUUCUUCUAUCGAUAGUACUCAUGGUGGGGGUGUUGGUAGUACUAGUGGAGGAUCAAGAAAACCAAAAAGAACAGCUGCAUUAGCAGCAUCUAUAGCAACAAGUGUUUCUACAGUGAAAAAACCUCGUCUCUCAUCCUCCUCCUCCUCAUCAUCAUCAAAGCAUCGUAAUGAUACGGGGAAAGGGAAAAAUCGAUAUAAAGAUAAUCCUCAUAAUCAUAAUGCUGAUGAUGUUGAUGAUAAUGAUAUUGGCGAUGAAUCAUCUUCACAUGGUUGUAUAGAUGUUAAAGAGGAAUCAACUGAUCAAGAUGAUGUUAUCUCUAUAAUCAGUGGAAAUUCUUGUGAACAACCUAUGCCUAAUGAACUUUCAGCUGCAUUAGCUGAAGAGAAUUUACAAUUCGAAGAACUUGCUAAACAACUUCCUGGUCCUCCUGAUUUAAAUCGUACAGCCAAUAAAUCAUUACAUUCCACACAUUCAUUGAAUUUUUACAAACGUAGUCAACGUGUUUUUGUCCAGUUGAUUAGUUGUAGUGAUGUUGGCUUAAAACAAGUACCAAAAUGUCGAGCUUGUCGUCAUGCUAGAGUCACCUAUCAUAAUUCACCAUCAAAUUGUAUCAAUGGUGUUGAUGACUCUGAUGAUGACUACUCAGAAAGUAAACAUGCUUUAUUUAAUCAAGAUGUGAAUUCAAGUUCAAAUGAUGAUCAAAAUUCUUAUUCAGAUGAAAGUAGAAAAGUUGGUCAAUUUAAACGACCACCACCAGGACGUUCAUCAUCUUCUUCUGUAUCAGAGAAAAAUCGACAAAAAGAAAGGACAACAACUGAAAAGUUGUUGAAAGAUAAUAAACGAAAUGUUACACACCAUUCACCAUCACCUGUAUCGGUAUUUUGUCGAUUUUGGGGUUUUAGAAAAUUAUGUUACAAUAAUCGUGGUGUAUUAAAAAUAGCCGAUUUUUGUCGAUCUACCGAAUCGGAUGCUUUAGAACGCUCUCUUUGGGAAAUGUAUCAUCCAGUUUCACCUUUUCUAAGCGCCUAUGCUGCACGUUAUAUAUUAGAAUGUGCUGGAGGUCUUUUCUGUCGUCUACUUCAUCAAGAAUUGACAUCUUUGAAUGGUAAUAAUUCAAAUCAUAUCGAAUUUCAAAAAAUCACCUCAUUAUCUGGUAGAAAUGGAAAAUCCUCUAAUACAAAUGCUGUUAAUAAAAAUGAUGACAAUAAUAAUCAUAAUAAUAAUAAUGGUGGGGGUGAUAAUACUAACUUGAUUGCCUGGAAAAAACCUGUCAAAGGUGUACGUGAAAUGUGUGAUGUCUGUGAUACAACAAUGUUUAAUACACAUUGGGUUUGUGCUAAAUGUGGUUAUUCUGUGUGUACAGAUUGUUUAGACGAGUCUAAACUAACUAAUUCCUCAAUGAAUUCAGAUAGAAAAGUCAAUGAAAAUGGUACAGUAGUGGAGAAAAGCAAAUCAAAACAUUCACGAGGUCGUGGUGGUGGUCCACACGGUUGGGCAUCAUGUACUACAACACGUCAACAUCAUGAUCCAAAUCGUCUUUUAUUAACAUCUUUACUGCCUUCUGGUAUUAUCGGCAGGUUAAUUCAUCGAUUACAUCGUAUUGCUAAUUAUCAUCAAAUUAAUUUAGGCUGUCAUUGUUCUGCUUCCGCUGCUGGUUCUUCUGCCUCUUUGUCAUCAACAUCAUCAUCAGAGAGUAGUGGUGGUGCGGAUGUGUCGUUGAAAUCGACAAAAACGCUGGAUGUUGUUAGAGGAGAUGGGGUAGAUAGAAAUUCACUCGAUUUAUUAGCUGAUAUAGCCUUGAAAACAGAUGAGUCGAAUAGUACUCCUACUGCUACCACUAUUACUAGUACUACAACGACGACGACGAUGACGCCAUCAACGACGACUCACAACAGUCCCAACAGUACUACUACUACUACUACUACUACUAAUGACACUGAUGUGAGCACUGCUAAUCGGAUUAUUGAUUCUACUACUCCGCCUAUGAUGGAUAAUGGUGGUAUUAAAUUAGUAGUGAACAAUGAUAAUAAAAAUAAUAAUCAUAAUAAACGCAUAUCAAAUAUCCCAUCGCAUAAUUGGAUACAUUCUCGAAAUUCUACUGGUCAAAAGUCUUGUCAAAAGAUGAAUGAAUUGACCAAUCAUCAUCAUCAUAACAAUAAUACUAACAGUAAUAGUAACAAUGGAUCAGAUCUACAUAAAGAUUUAGAUGUUGUGAAAAGUUAUCAAACAAAACAAGUUAAUCAUCUUCAUCAUCUUCAGCAGUCGCAUCAACAUCAAAAUCGACAUCCUGCUGUUCUUCGCCUACAUCAUCCGGAUUUACCUGGUGUUUUAUUGCAAUUUCAAUCUGAAUGGCGACAUAAUCAUCCACUUGUUAUCUCUGGUUGUCAACGUAAAUUUAAUCAAGAGUUAUGGACACCACAAAGUUUUUCUGAUGAUUUCGGUGAAUUAAAAACUACUCUAGUUGAUUGUGCUACUGGUGCUGAAAUAACACGUUAUUGUUUAAAAUCAUUUUGGGAUGGUUUUGAACGACAUGAACGUCGAAUCACCAGUAAAGAUGGUCGUGCUUUAUGCUUAAAACUUAAAGAUUGGCCAACUACAGAUGAUUUUGCUGAACUGCAACCAAAACGUUUCUCAGAUUUAAUGUCAAAUUUACCAAUGCCAGAUUAUACACGACGUGAUGGUCAAUUGAAUUUAGCCGCCAGACUGGCAUCAUUUUUUGUCUGUCCUGAUUUAGGGCCUAAAUUGUAUGUAGCCUAUGGGACAGUUGGUUCAAAUGCGGUCAGUACAACUAAUCUACAUGUGGAUAUCGCUGAUGCUGUUAAUGUUAUGCUGUGUGUAGGUCAACCAAUAGAUUCAUCAAAAGAUAUGCUAACAAAUGCUGAAAAUGUGCUGAACACAUUAAAGUGUUCACGUGUGGAUAAUAGUUAUCUUGACAGAACUGUCAGUUGGUUGAAUCGACUUAAAUCCUGUCAUAAUAAUAAUAAUAAUAAUAAUCGAGAAUUUGGAUUCGAUGAUGUUCCUGGAGCAUUAUGGCAUAUUUUUCUGCCUGAAGAUUCCGUUGUACUAAGAGAAUUUCUCUCUAGAGUUAGUGAAGAAGAAACCGGCUCUCCUGUAGAAUCUGGUAGUGAUCCAAUACAUGAUCAAUUAUUUUAUUUGGAUCAAUCAUUAUUGGAUCGAUUAUAUGAUUAUGCAGGAAUUCAACCGUGUACAAUUGUACAAUUUCUUGGUGAUGCUGUAUUCAUUCCAGCUGGUGCUGCUCAUCAGGUUCGUAAUUUAAACAGUUGUAUUAAAGCAGCUGUGGAUUUUGUUUCACCUGAACACCUACCACAAUGUUUCCAGCUGUUAGAAGAAUUUCGUCAAUUAUCACCAAAUCAUUUAAAUCGUGAAGAUAAAUUACAAAUUAAAAAUAUGCUAUUUCAUGGAAUUAAAGAUGCUUUGUCAGUUCUGUUGACUACUAAUAGUAAUAGUAAUGGUUCCAAUGAAAAUGAAGUCAAAUGUUAUAAGUCGUUAACAAUGGAUUCAGAGCAUAAAUUAUCUCAGUGUACUACUACAAAGAUAGAUGGUAUCGACCACCGACAAGAUAACGUUGAUAAUAGGUCACUCCCAUCGUCGGACAUGUCGGAUAUAAAGGUGAAUAUCAAAUCAGAAUACCUACAUAAUAAUAAUAAUAACAAUAAUGGUAAUAGUAAUACAAAUGUUAUGAAGUCGAGUAAUCAUAAUUCAAGAAAUGGAGGUAAUAAUGGUGGAGGACGGACUAGAGGUCGACCUGGGGGUGGUGGUGCUGCCGCUGCUGCUGGUGGGGGUAGAUCAAAAGCACCAUCAUCAUCAUCCGAUUUAAUCAAUCCUCCCCUUGCUCCUCCCCCUCCCUCUGCUCCGCAUCUUCAUCCUCAAUCGUUCACCUCAUCGUCGGUUUCAUCAAUGUCAUCUUCCUGUAGUUCCAUAUCGAAUGCAUUUUCCAGUGUUUUUACUCCUGGUAUUGACAACAGUCUCCUUACAAAUUCUUUGAAUAUACCUUCAAGAGAUUCUAUGUGUACAGCAUCGUCACCGGCAUCAUUGUCUACGUCGUCAGAGAAAAUAAUGAAGAGUGGUGAUAUUAUAAAACCAAAUAAUAAUAAUAAUCUUAUGAUUACUACUCAUCCUAGUAAUAAUUAUGAUUGUGAUCGUAUUCCGCCUAUCACCACCACCACCACCACCAACAUUAGUUCUUCAACGUGUUCCCCUUCCCCGUCAACUACUACACUUUCAUCUAGUCCAGAUAUUCUGCAUAUUCCAGCAUCAUCAUCGUGCUUCACAUCAUCAUCAUCAUCAUCAUCAUUGUUACCAUCGUUAUCCUGUGGAUCGUUAUCCUGUCAACAUCAUCUACAGCAUCAACAACAUCCUCAUCAUUGUCAACAACCUCAACAUCAAAAUGGUUGUACUGGCCAUUUUUCAUAAUAUGAAUCAGAAAGAAUACUUGUCCACAAUUAUCCCCGAGAUGCUGUUUUUACAGAUUAUACCGCCACACCCACUCCCCCCCCCACACACACACACAAGGAAGCAUAAAUGUGAGUAAAAAAUGAAAAGUGGAAAAAAGAGAAGAAGAAGAAGAGCAACAAGAACUGUAAUUAUUACAGUGUGAUGACUGUGUUGUCUCUGAACUCUUCCACACGUAUUCACAUACUUUUCUCUCCACCUACCUAGCUACCUACCUACCUGCCAACCUACCUACCUACUUAUUCAUUCUUGAAUACAGAAGUGUUUCAGAAGGUAAAGAAGUCUUUGCGUAUGUGUGUGUGUGUGUUUGUGUGUGCGUAUCUGCGGUCUAUGUAUGUAUGUGUAUGUGACCAGUUUGUUUGUUAUCAGGGUGUUAUCCAAACUUCAUCCACUUGAAUAACUAACUAACUCUUUUAAUCCCCUUUAUUCAACUUCAAUGAAUAACCAACCAACCACCAUCUGCCACUCACAAACGCACACACACAUACACACAUAAACAGAGAGAGGGAGAAACAAAUCCACCCACCCACAAGUAUUCCUUUUUAUUUCAAAUCAGGCAUGCGCGCGCGCCAUAUCUCUUCUUAUCUUCAUGUCUUACUGUUUAUUAAAGCAUAUAUAAUAUAUAUAUAUAUAUAUGGUGAAUAUGUAUAUGGUGAUGACAGAAAUAUUUUAUUUUAAAAAAAGAGAAGUGUAAUUCAGUCAGUCAUUUGUAUAGUUUAUAUUUUUAUUGAUUUAUUUACGUUUAUUUUCUUUCUUUCUUUGUUUGUUUUACAUUUACAUGAAAAUCUGUUGUCCAUAUUUUGUUCAGCUAUUUUUUUCUUCAAUUCCUCGCACGUCGUAUAUGUGUGUGUAUGCGUGUGUGCGCGUGCAUGCGUGCGUAACCCAACGCACUUGUCUAGAUGUAAUAUUGUCUAUUUCUGUUGCUGUCAGUUUUACUAUUCAGCAUCCUUUUACCACUCACAUUCAAUGUGUGUGUGUGUGUGUUAUUAAAAAUUUAGAAAAUCUACUAUCCUUAUUAAUUAAUCAAUUAAUUCUAAUAAUUACUACUACGAUGAUGGUGAUUAUUCUAUGAGACUACUUUAAUGACGGAAAUUAUUAUCAUUUCUUAUUAAGUAUUAUAAUUAUAAUUGAAAAUAAUUUAUCAAUUUAUCUUCUUUUAAGUUGUCUUUCGCGCAUAAAUCUGUAUGUGUGUAUGUAUGUAUGUAGGUAUUUAUACACCCCGGUCAUGUAUGUAUGUGUAUGUAUGCAUCUACGUGUGUUAUGCGUACGGAUGUGUGUGUGUGUGUGUGUGCGUACAUACGUACGUGUGUGGGUGGAUGGAUGUUUGAUAGACAUGAAAACAAUAGGAUUAAGGGAUCCCUUUCAGCCCUAUUGACAAUGAUUUACUCGAUGAUAUGCCCCUCCCUCCCUCUCGCUAUCUAUCUAGGUGAAUGUCGACAUAGACAGACACAUGGGCAGAUAGAUAGAAAGACAGACAAACAGAUCGAUAGCAGACACACAUUUAUUGAUUACAGUUUCAGUUUUUAUCGUGUUUGUUUCAUUCACUGCCUGACUGACAGUUUUGGGUUCUACACAAAAUCUUUCCUUCUCUUAUUUGUGUUUAUUUUAUUAUUUCGUUCUUAUUUACUUUUGAUUUUAAUUAUUUCUGUGUGUGUGUGUGUGUGUGCGUGCG